UCGAGCUUGACACUGCAACGAGGUUCUGUGCGAAGCUUAUCAAAUCGCGACCCACACAGAAGUAGGAGUUUAAGCGUGAGAUUGACGUCAUGAACGCUCUUCACCAUCCUCGGAUCAUUCGACUCUACGAUGCUUUUGAAGAGCCCAGGCAGAUUAUCCUUAUACUGGAAUAUUGCAGAGGUGGUGAUUUAUUCAAUCGUAUUGAUGACGAUUCCCUUCCCGAGUUCGAAGCCGUAAAAAUCCUCAAACAGGUUUUGGAGGCUGUCAAGUACAUGCACGGCCUCGGUUUCAUGCAUUUAGACUUGAAGCCACAGAACGUGAUGUUUAAAAGUGAAGGCGGUUCAAAAAUAAAGUUGAUCGAUUUCAGUCUAACAAAGAAGUUUGAUCCUGACCAAGAAACAAAAAUAUCAUUCGGGACUGCUGAAUACGUUGCUCCAGAAAUCGUCAACUACGAGCCUGUGACCUUAGCUGCAGACAUGUGGGCGAUUGGUGUAAUUGCUUAUAUCAUGUUGAGUGGCGAGUCUCCAUUUCUUUGUGAGAGCGAGGCAGACACUUUCUCUCGCAUUACAGAUGCACGCUGGGAAUUUACAGACGUGUUUGAUUACGUCAGCAAGGAGGCUAAGGACUUCAUAAAGAGACUGCUUCUAAAAGAUCCAAGAAAACGAAUGACAGUAGAUGAGUGCCUGGGGCAUGAGUGGAUCAAGUCACCAGGGUUUACUGGAAAACGGAAAAGCAAAAUCUCCUCAGAGGGUGAGUUGACUAUCGACCAAAACUCAAACAUCACAUCCCCAACAGAACUUAUGAGACAAGAGAGCGGAAAGUCUGAACAAGAGUUACCAUUGGAUCCAAGGAAAUUAGAGUCUAAAGUUAAGUCACUACUAUCAAAGUUACAAAACGCCGAAAAGGAAAACCAAGAACUGGAGGAAAAACUCCGUGACGAGGAAGACCGCGCCGAUGUCCUGGAAGACGAGCUUCACACAAGUGAGAAUUCUAGAAAGGUUCUGGAAGACAGAGUGUCAAAAUUGGAAGCUGAAAAGACAGAUCUUUCAAAGAAAGCCAAAGCUAACAGUGAUGUUUUAAAGAGGGUGGCAGAGUCAGAAGGAGAUAAGAGAGCCCUGGAAGACAAACUAUCUGAGCAAACAAGAUAUUUAGAAACCUUAUCACGGAAAUACGACACUCUUAAGGAAAAGAUUGAAAAUUAUGAUAUUUUAGAGGAAAAGGCUUACCUUUUGGAGAGAGAAAGAAAAGACCUCAGAGAUGCUAAACAGUCACUAGAAGACAAAAUUGGACACCUUCAAGCGGAAAAGGAGGAAUUAACAAAAAUGAACGAGAAAAAUUCGUUGAUCAAUAGAGACCUUGACAAUGAAAUCGCAAAGCUUAAAACGGACAGAGACGAGAUUGAAAAUCAAUACGUUAAACUGCGAACCGAGAAGGAGUCUUUGGUUGAGGAACUCACGAAGCGAUUCAAUAUUUUAGAUGAACAGAAAAGGUCUCUUGGACAAGAGAAGAGUAACCUAGAGACGAAACUGGGCGCAUUUGAAAGUGAAAACAAGAAUUUGAAGCUCAAACUGGACGGCUUAACAAAAGAAAUGGAAUCACUAAAAGAGAUUUCCAAGAACAAUGAGCAGGACAAAGAAAAAGAUGAACUGGAAAAAGAAUUGACUAAAGUUAAAAUGCAUAACGACGAAGCGAAGAAAACUUGUGAAGAAUUGGCUUCGAAACUGAACAAAGCGUAUGCGGAAUUGGAACAGUUAAAGCCCGCAAAGAUGGAUAGUGCAUCAGAGAAUCACCAAGAAGAGAUUUCAGCGUUGACGGAAAAGUUAUCUUAUUUAGAGGAAGAAAGGGAUAACCUGGAAGAUGAUCUCGACGAGAGAGAGGCUGAAAUUGUCGAACUGAAAGAGAAAAUAGAACUUCUUGAGGCAGAGAACAAGGACAGAAGCAAAGACAUAAUAAAUUACAAGUCACAGUUAGAAGCAGCCAAUGAGGAAAUUAAGUCCUGGAGGAUGAGAAAGGACGGCACUAGCUCGGCAGCGCCUAAAGGGGACGAAGAAAGCCUGAAUGAGAAAAUGAAGGAUUACGAAUCUAUGAUGAGUAAGCUGAUGAAAGAAAUUUCUGCUUUACAAGAGAAACUUUCUGCAGCAGACCAACUUAACAAAAAGUUGGAGGAAAAGGUGAAAUCCAGUGUACAGGCUAGUCUACCCGAUCCUAACAUGGUAAGCGAAAUCAUAGGAAGAAGUGAAAAUACACUAGAAUAUUCGUCUAUGGAUUUCGAUUACCUUGAUGGUCUUAGUGGAGACAGAAAUGAUCGAAAUGAAGAAAUCUCGGUUAAAGGAAGAAUCAACGACGAUUUGAACAAAGAGGGAGAGAGUGAGAGGUUCGUCAUGUUGAAGAGAGAGUUCGAGAAAGUAAGGAGGAUGUCUGAGGAUGCUGAGACAAGGUUAGCAGAAGAAAUACAGAAGAAUCAGACUUUGGAAGAUGAGUUAGAAGAUUUUGAAAUUAAGGAAGAGAAUGGUCUGAGAAUGUACAGAGAGCUAGAGGAGGAAUGCAAUAGACUGAGGGCACAGCUGACUGACAGUGAAUCAUGGCAGAAGCAAGUUGAGAUUCGACUGCGAGAAAAUCUAAAACGUAACGAGGAAAAAACUGAAGCUCUGAGCAAGCAAGUCGAUUCGUUGAAAAAACAACUCCAUGUGAUCAAAGAAGAAAGAGACAAAGGCGACAAACUUUAUACGAAUCUUUCUGAGAAGUACAGAAAUUUAUUAAAAGAGAAAAAGAUCUUGGAACGGGAGAAAAAUGAACGCGAUGAAAGCGAAACGAAAUCACGAGAACUUGAGGACUCACUGCAAACGCGAAUUCUUGAACUAACGAACAUGAAAGAUGAAAUUGAGUCCAUGCGCGACAACCUUCGCUCACUGGUACGAGAAAAGGAUGAGGGUAUGAAGGAAUUCUCACUGCUUCAAAAAGACCUUGUGAAGGCAACAAAUGACCGCCAACAACUCGAAGAACAAGUUAAGGAUGAAAUAUUCCGCGCUGAAAAGUUGGAAAGAGACCGUUUUAUACUACAAGGCAAAAUUGAAGAGAUGCAGAAGAAUUUGAAUAAACGAGAUCUGGUCGACGCGGCUAAUAAAAAGGCGAUAGACGCUUAUGUCGAUGAAAUUAGACUUCUUAAGGACGAAAAGGGGGAGGCUUUUAAAGAGGUCGAUAAGCUGAGAAAGGAGAGUAAAAAUUUGAUGCAUGAUCUUGAGAAAAUCACAAAAGAAAGAGAAGACGUGGAAAGUCUGAAAAUCUUCAAAGAGCACGCGAUGAAAGAGAUCAAGACUUUGAAAGAUGAAAACCAACGCCUUCUUCAAAAAAGCGAGGAUUUCGACCAAAUAACAGUCGAUCUCAACACUCUCAGGGAGGAAAAAGUGAUUGGACUACAGCAUCUGGGAACUUUAGAGGAAGAAAGGGAGAAUGCGCUGAGAGAGAUUGCAAUCCUAAAAAGUGAAAAUCACCUCCUUCUUGAGAAAACAAACCAGUUCGAGGAAAUCAAAGAAGCCUUCGAAAGUCUAAAAGGUAAUGCCGAAAUCCUACGAGAAAACAUCGAAGCUCUUAAACUCGAGAAAGAGGCCUCAGAGAAAGCAGUUGAGGAUUUAAGAAAGGAAAACAAUCUUCACCUAGAAAAAGUUGAGGAAUGCGACAAAAUGAAGGAGGAUCUUGAAACAUUGAGAGAAGAGAAAGUGAUAGGACUCAAAGAGUUAAGCAGUUUAACAGAGAGAAAUGCUUCGUUGUUGGAAGAAGUCAAGGCAAUGGAUGAACUAAAGAGAGAAUGUGACUUCCUUAAAAGCAAGAACGAAAAGGCACUCGAAGAAAAUAGGAUCUUAACAGAACUAAACGAAUCUUUAGUCAAAGACCAAGAAGGCGCUCAAAGAAUAUCAUUAGAAUUAAAGAAAGCGGAAGAUGAAAGAGAAAGGAUUUCCAAGGAAAAUAGAGUCUUGGCAGAAAAAUGCGAUACUCUAAAGAAGAAAAUAGAGGAGUUAACUUUGCUCAAUGAUGGUCAACUGAUAGAAUUAGGCAGGUUGAAUCAAGAGUUGGACGACUCUGAGAAGGAAAACGAAGCUCUUGUAGCUAAGCUCGAAUCUUUCCAUGUUGUCAAAAAAGAUUUCAGUGCUUCGUUGGAGAGCAACCAGAGACUUCAGAAAGAAUCUAGAGAUCUCGAAGUCAACUUGGAAACCCAAGCUUUGGAGGUGAUGAGAUUGAAAAAGGAAACAACUGUCCUAAAAAAAAAGAAUGACGCUCUGACAAAAGAAAUUGAACGACUUCAGGGAAAGAAUGCUAUCCUGGAGACCCAAACCUCGAUAACACUCUUGGAAGAGGGUGAAGAAUCAGAGCAGAUUUAUGAACCGAAGACCAGCGACACCAAAGGCAUACGAAGAAAACUUGACGAAUUAAUGACUUUUGAAGAAAUAGCAAAUAACUACAGUGUCGAGGUAGAAAAGCCCGAAAAUGUUAAACUUUCCAAGAUUAACAAAUGUAACGAAGCACAAGCCUUAAAAGAAGAAGUCAAUUUCCUUCAGAAAGAAGUUGAAGACCUAAGUGAAGAUCAUAAGGAGCUUUUGCAGUCGUAUAACACUUUACAAAAAGAAUAUGAUCAUUUGAAAGAAGAAUUCGGCGUCCUUGAAAAGAGUUUGGAAAUAAAGUCGAGAGAAAUGAAAAGUAUGACCGAAGUAAGGGAUCUUUUAGAAAACACUAAGAAUGAACUUGAAAAUGAGCUGAAAGCUACCUCCAAAGAAAAGACCCAAGUUAGCAAGGAACUUGAGACUGUAAAAGGAAAUUGUGACUCUCAAAAGCUCAGACUGGAGAUUGCCGAAAAGGAAAUUGGAAACUUAUCUAAAGAAAAUGAAGAACUGCACCAAAAUCACAUCGAGUUAGAAGAACGGUGUGGUCGUAUCAGAAAACUAAACAGGGAACUCGAGGAAGACAUAGAUAUCGAAACUGGAAAGCUCGUCGAGGCAAGAGAACGUAUUUCUGAACUCAAAAAAGAGAAUGCUCUUCUUCAGCAGAGGCAUUUGAUGCUGCUACAUGAAAUUGACAAAUUGAAAGGAAUUCCUGAGUUAAGUGGUCAAGAACAGGGCGGAGUGGCCAAAAAGAUUAAAAGUAUAGAGAAAAAGAUAAGUGUUACUCAAAUGCAGAAAGGCGAUCAAGAAAUUCGACCUCCCGAGGAGAUGAACAAAGGCAAAAAGACGACAGAGAAGAACAAGGCCAAGGUUUCUGGAGAUGAAGCACGAAAGCCUGAAGGUUGCGCGGAAAAUGUAAAAGAGGAAAAGAGAACACAGCAAAACCAGGAGGAAAGAACAGUAUGGGCACUAGAGCGAGAAAUAAAGAACCUUCGUCCUCAGAAAGAACGAGCAGAGGCCUUAGCCAAAGAACUGGAUCAGGUUAAACAAAGACUUGACAACGAAAUAACAAUUAGGAAAAGCAAAACUGAAGAGAGCAGCCAGAAGAAAAAAGAAAAUGAUUUACUAAUUUACGAGCUUGAAAGCACCCGUCACAGGAUUGUUUCAAAUGUGAUAAGUCUGUUGGAAGAAGCAAAACUUCCUUGGAAGUUUAGCGUGACUGCUGCCGAUAUAUCAGCGGGUAAAAGCAAAGCAUGGUCCAGCAUUAAGGAAAGUAUUGGAACUCUGAUAUGGGAGCGAGAGAGAAUGGUAAAUGAAAAUGCGCUCUUACAGCAAGAGAAUUCCAAGCUGAAGCGCGAAUGUCAAGAACCAAGGAAAGGCAAAGAAAAAAUCAAGCAAUUUGAAGAAUUAGUCGGUAAAGAACUUACUGAUGAAGACAUCCUCUCUAAACAGCAAGAAAUAAAGGCUCUUCACGAGACAAUAGCUUCAGACAAGGACAACUUGACACAGCUUCAACAACAGCAAAAAGAUUUGCUUCUUAAAAUCGAGUUUAUGCAACGAAUGCAGUCAACUGCUGAUCAAGAGAGAGAUCAGCUGGUAGCUAGAAAAAGCCUUUUUACAUCAGACGGAAGACCGGGGCUGAACGCUCAAUCAAGAUUUAAACUUCGUCGAUUUCAAUCCGUGGAGAGUAUUUCAAUCCUGAAAGAACGGGAUAUCUUCGAAGAGAAGCAAGAUCCUGUAGACUUUCCCACACAGACUCACAGAAUAACAACACAGUGGAGUGGGAAUAAGGGAAGGGAAGGCUCAACAGGCGAGGAACAACUACAAGUUGCACGAGAAAUGGUAAAGAAAAAUCGAAGAAUAUUCGAAUUGGAGCAGGAAGUUGAUGUGCUGCUGACCAAAAUGGUAGAAUCCUCAUCAGGAAACGCAGCAGGGGAGAAAUUUUCCUCCGACGCAGAAAACUUCAGAUUGGAAAUUUUACGACUCGAGGGAGAGAACAAACGGCUGAAAGAACUUGCAAAGGAGCCAAUACCUGCGUCAUCGCAGAAAAAAAAUGGAAUCAUUAGAAGCCAUAAACAACUUUCUAAAAAGCGAAAAAGAAGAACUCAUUCUAGAAAUUUCUGCCAAGAAUAAGAAAAAUGAGCUUUUGGAGAAACGCGUGAGAGAGUUGACUGAGAUGAAGAGUAACGUGGUAAAUGGAUCGAGAAGUGGAGUGUACGACGAGUCAGA